CAUUUUUUUUUUUUUUUUCAAAUUAAUACUCUUGAUGACAAAUUGCUAUGCACUUGAGCGAAUUGAUUUAUAAAAAGGAUGGAGUGUCUCAAUGAACAUAGUGAACCGUUACAUACCAUCCCAGUAGAUUUUCCAUCAUGGAUCUUAAAGGAAUACUUCUAAGUAUUUUGCUUGGAUUUGCUUGCCUGUUUUCAGUACUAAAAGCUGGGAACGCUCAUCAGUCCUGUAAAACGCAGUGCGGAGAUAGCUGCUGUCCUCAUGAAAAUGGGGUGUGUUGCGAAGGCGGUUCGGCGUGUUGUCGGCAGGGACAGACGUGCUUGACUAAUAUCGACACUUGCGUCGGCUUGAGAGAUACAGCAAACGGUAAUGUGACACUUCAUUCCGAAAAGGCCUCUCCUGUUUCUGGGUUCUACUGCCCUAGUGGUACAACUCCUUGUGAAGGUGGUUGCUGUCCUUAUGAGGAUGGUGUCUGCUGUAAUGAUGGCUACUGCUGUCCUCAAGGAUUCACGUGUACACCAACCACAUGCGAGAAGGCCGGCGUUCCCAAUCAGUCGCUGAGGAAAGGGUUGGCCGGAAAGGACCCGGAGAAUAACAUAAUGGGACAUGAACUGAAAAAACUUGGUAUUCAGAUAUGUCCUGAUAAGCUGCAUUUAUGUCCUGGUUCAGCUGAAUGCUGUAGAAAGAAUAAUGGAGAAUGGGACUGUUGUCCGAAAGUUUCUAAUUUAAAAGGUGAAUGCUGCAGUAUAUGGGGAAUAUGGAUGUGCUGCACUGAUAUUGCUCCCAAAUGCCAUUGGUGGGGAUGUUGGUUUUCAUGAAGACAAUAAUCAGGAAUUUUCCCAUAAUGUCUUCUAAAAUGCAUGUUAGACGAUUAAAAAAUUAUCUAGAAUUAAACAUAAUGAUUUUGCAAAUGCCAUAUUUUGCUAAUGCUUCUCUACAUUUCUUAUGAUUUGUAAUCUCUUCAUAUGAAAUUAAAAAUUUCAUUCGUUUGGCA